AUGUCAUCGGCCACACAAUUAGGGAUCUCGGAGAGGGAGUAUGAAGAAGCCCUCGCGGUGGAAAAGCUCUUUUUCCUGUCGUCUAAAGAAAGAUGCAAUUACUGCAGUAUUGGAAAACCAACCUUCGUUGAUACGUACAAUUACGAAUUUAUAUGCGACAAAUGUUCAUUCAGAAGUAAACACAAAAAAAGAAUCGGUGAAGACUCCAUCAGUUACUAUGAUGUGCAGAAGCUAGAAAAAAAAUUUGGAGUAGCAUCUACAUCAAAUCAUAAUAGCAGCAAAAAGAAAGAAAAAAAAAAAAAUAAAGAAAAGGACAGAAGUGGGGGAGAUCGAGAUCGAGACAGAGAUAGAAGAAAAGACAAACAUAACAAAGAUAAAUAUAAGAAGAAAAAGAAAUAUGAUGAAUCGGAUGAAGAUUUUGAUGAUGAUUUUUGUCUUAACGAUUAUGAUCAUACCACCCCUGGCAUGAUAGGAAUUAUGAAUUCGAAUAAUAUUAACAGUUCAGAUUAUAAGAGUAACAAUAUGGACAGUAGCUUCCAAGACUUUGAUGGGAGCCACAUGAGUUAUAAUCAACUAGGGGAGGGUAAUUUUAACGACUUUGGCGCGCCGAACGGAAUGAACCAAGGAGGCAUGAACCAAGGUGGCAUGAACCAAGGUGGCAUGAACCAAGGUGGCAUGAACCAAGGUGGCAUGAACCAAGGUGGCGUGGGUCAUGCGAAUCACCCCUUCGACUCUCCCCAUUUUGCGAAAGACAACUACAAUUCGAAGUACAUUAAUUCUCUGAAUGCCGAAAUGGUGAAUGCCGCGAACAAUCAGUUAUGCUUGGACGACUUUAGCUCCCACCCUUUUAAUAACAAAAUGGGUUACCCUAACAAUUUUAAUAUGAAGCUUAGCGAGGAGGGGGAGCUAGGCAAAAUGAAGUAUGGCAAUGGUGGGCAGGCGAACGGCGGCCUUGCGAACAGCCGCAUGGGCAACAACCACCCCAGUAACAACCACCCCAGUAACAACCACCCCAGUAACAACCACCCCAGUAACAACCACCACGGUAACAACCACCACGGUAACAACCACCACGGUAACAACCACCCCAAUAACAACAAAAGCAGCAACAGUAAUAAGAUAAACAUGCACUCGUACGACCCCUUCGAUAGUAACAUCAGCACCGGUGCUGACAAAAACAGAUACAACAAUGGGGCGAUGGAUAACUUAAACUAUUUUAAUGGUUCAAACUUCCCGAACAGCAACCAGCAGGGAAGUAUGAACAACAGACUCUUCCUGAUGAAUAAGAGAAAUUCCUUAAACCACAAUUACAGCCAACAGAAUAGCAACGGCAAUUCCAUGUACAGUCAUUUUGCAACCACACAGAAUCCAUACAUGAUGAAUAACCAGAAUAUGAUUAAUGCUAAGAUGCUUUAUGAUAAUAAUAUGAAUGGUUCUAAAAAUAAAAACUUUCAUAGUAGUAGUAACCCCAACUCUCCAUUUAUGUUAAAUGGUGGGAUGAAUGGAGGCAUAAAUGGAGGCAUAAAUGGUGGCAUAAAUGGAGGCACAAUUAGCAACGCAAAUAAUGGAAACGGCGCCCAGGGUUCUCACAGCAACAACAUGAACAAUGCAAUGGCAUACUGCAACCAGGGAAAUUUAAAUGAUAGGACAAAAUGGCACGACAAUGGCAGCAGCAAUAGCGCCAUUAACAGCGCCAACGGUGGUGGUGGUAACCCUAGCAGCAAUAAUAAUGGCGGUUCGCACAGCGCAGAUUUUUCUCCCGUCAUUGUAUCCGAUAAAAAUCCAUUUUCUCUUCAGAAUAUUAUUUCGAACAAUAAGAAGUCCCCCAAUUAUAUGAACAACAUGACCGACGAGAUGAAUAGGUACAUGUAUAAGUAG